GUCACUAUGAUGCUCUGAGACCCAGCCGGGCGUUUGAGUUCACACGGGACCCGUCAGUGGGGCAGAUAGCUCUGGCUUUCCUCCAGGCCUCCUUUGCCUUCAGCGGCUGGAACUUCCUGAACUACGUCACUGAGGAGGUGGUCGAGCCACGCAAGAACCUGCCCCGGGCUAUCUACAGUAAUAAUAUCUAUCUCUAUAGGAACCUGCCCGGGCUAUCUACAGAACCUGCCCGGGCUAUCUACAUAUCCAUUCCCCUGGUGACGUUAGUCUAUACUCUGACCAACAUCGCAUACUUCUCCUCCAUGACCCCCGAAGAGCUGCUGGCAUCCAACGCCGUGGCUGUGACAUUUGGUGAGAAGUUGCUGGGUGUGUUCUCCUGGGUGAUGUCUAUCUCUGUAGCUCUGUCUACAUUCGGAGGAAUCAACGGCUAUCUCUUCACUUCUUCCAGGUUGUGUUUCUCUGGAGCCAGAGAGGGUCACCUGCCCCACCUGUUGGCCAUGAUCCACCUGAAAAACUGCACCCCUAUUCCAGCCCUGCUCGUCUGUUGUGGCGCCACCAUAUUGAUCCUGUGUAUCGGAGAGACUCACAACCUGAUCAACUACGUCUCCUUCAUUAACUUCCUGUCCUACGGAGUGACCAUCGCCGGCCUGCUGUACUAUCGCUGGAAGAGACCCAACCUGCUACGACCCAUCAAG